CAUUCACUCAUCUUGCAUGACUACGCAACCAAUAACAAAGAAUCCAACAAGGCUAAAUGUCUCAAUACAUUCUUGCAAGCUCCAGUGGGCUCCUCUGCCUUGAGAAGCCUAAGCCAAAUGCCAACCCCAUCUUUCUCCAGGCAGAACAUGAGUGGACCAAGUCUGACCUGGACGAAAUUUGUCAAGACUUGUUCAAAGCUGUAUCUCUAGAAAGCCCGUCCCAAGACUCGCGCACAAGACAAGAAAAGCGAGCUACAUCUAAGCGACCUACAAAGCAGGGCAGGCUAGUCAACCGAGACGGCAUCAUAAUUUGGAGCCCCCCAAGCAAAUACCCUCCGCGAGCAGGAUCAUGUGCUCUCGCCAGCUGCAGCCUUGAGAGCACAAUGAACUUCUCCUCGUCUCAGGCACAUAUCCUGGCACUCCCUGUCGAACUUCGGCUCCGGAUAUAUCGCCAUCUUCUCAUACUCGAAGACUUCCGCUUGCCUACUUUUUACCCUAGCAUCGGCAGCCUCCGCACGUUGGCCCGCGCCAAGCAGCGCGAAUCCCUUGGAAUAUCUGCGCAAGUACUCGCCACAUGCCGUCAAAUCAACUGGGAGGGAACUCCAAUGCUUUAUGGAGAAACCUGUUCCGUCGGGAGUUCUACUGGCCGCGCAAGUGGUACAAGAAGAGGCAAUAUUUUUGGCCAGUGUCCGACAGUUGUCGACUCAAAGCAGAGAACUUGCAUUCCGUAUCCCGCAUUUCCAUUUUCCGGCAGUACGAGCAGUGGCUUCUCGAUAAUGGAGACCUAAAGGUGUUUCGGGACUUUCCGGCCUUGAGAGAGUUGCACGUGGGCAUCAACUUUGCCGGCCUUGCCAAAGGUGUAGACCUCCAAGUGCUCUGGCAAGACGUUAUGAAGUCAGUCAGUCGAAAACAGCCAAAACUCGACCGUUUAAAGUGUUACAUCCCGCUU